AUGAUGCCCGAUCUCGUUCCCAUUAUUGAAGGUCCAAGGAUUGACGUGGAAAAGAUAGCCAACACUGUCAAGGCGAAGUACAAAAACGGAGUCUACGAGAUCCGUUGCGAUGCAAAUCUACCAAGUUUCGAGUUCCUUGUCGAGAAGACAAAAUAUGCAAUCACGUCGGACAAGUUAAUCGUGAAGCAAUACUACGUCAUCUUUGAUUACACAGAAAAACGCUUGGGCUUCGCUAGCGCAAAGGAUGCCAACAAAACAACUGUUAGACCUGCCACGAAAACAACAUUUAGACCAACGACGAGGAGGAAGAAGCUAGCGCCUAUCGUCUGCAACAGCGAAAUUCUCAUUUUAAUGCUCAUCUUACUCAAUCCAAUACAAACAAUGAGUGCCUUGUAUAUCACAAUAAUUCUAAUUGCGGCUGUCGCAUUAAUGCAAGUAGCUCCAACCCUGCAUGAUCUCCAGGGUGACUAUGGUAUAUCCCUCAACAAUUUCAAUUUCAAGGGAAGGAAUAGCAUUGCUAGCGAGAGCUUUGGCAAUUCUACAACAAAUAGCUCUACUCUUGGACAAACAAUGAGUGCCUUGUAUAUCACAAUGAUUCUAAUUGCGACUGUUGAAUUAAUACAAGUGGCUCCAGCCCUGCAUGAUCUCCAGGGUGGCCAUGGUAUAUCCCAUAACAAUUUCAAUCUCAAGGAAAGGAAUAGUUUUGCUAGCGAGCGCUUUGGCAACUCCACAACAAAUAGCUCUACUCUUGGGCCCGUUCCAAGAAACGUCACUUCUACUCUCAGGCUCGGUUGGAGAAACGUCACCUUCACGUCAGCGUUCCCAAAAUACGUCACAUCCACGCCCGUGAUUUAGACAACAAGCAAUCUAGCACCUUCUGCUCGUUUUUAUUGCGUUCUUGUCGUAUUUCUUACCCUAAUCUAUUCAUAAUGAAAAAAAUAGUGCAGCCGUCAAGCAGCACAUUUCCAAAGAUUUUAUCAUGUGUUUGAAAACUUAAUACAUUCUGGCU